AAUAUUAUUAUUUGAUUAUUUUCCAAACUUACGUUAUUUAUUUUAUCGUUUGUUUCUCGUUUGCUAUGGUGGACACAUUGUUUGUGGUUUUCGUGCAGCAUAAUUGUGGAUUAUUUAAAACAUUAGGGUAAAGUCCGUGACGUUCGAUAUAUUAUCUAUAUGAUAAUUAAGUAUUAUAAUAAAAAUAAUUAUUACAGGUAUCGACUUUCUCAUUUAAUUGAUGAAAAAGUCUUAGAUGAUGAUGUCUUAAAUCCUUCGAUAUCAAAAGAUAAAUAUUAUAAAGAUAUUUCCUUAUAUGCCCUCAGACAUCAGAAAGCAAUAGAGUUUGCUGAACUAUUGGAUUCAUUUUAUUCCAAAACCUUUUUUAUGAUAUCAGGACUUAGCAUGCUUCGAAUAAGUGUUACUGGUCUGAAGGUGUAUAGUCAAAUUUUCUUUUUUAAUAAUCAAUUGGUCAUUUCUAACUAUAGAUGACCUUUCUGCAACACGAUUCAA